UUUUCUUUUCCAGUCCGAAGAAGCGAAACAGGAGUCGGGAGAAGAAGCAAAAACCCUAAAACCUCAACGACACUCCGUCAGGUUUCAGAAAUAAACCCUAGAAAGUUGUUCGGAUUUCAUCUCAUCUUACUUUCAACAUGAGUCGGCCUAUGGAAGAGGAUACUAAUGGUGGCAAGACUGAGGAAGAGGAAUUCAACACCGGACCCCUUUCUGUUCUGAUGAUGAGUGUGAAAAACAACACUCAGGUGCUCAUAAAUUGCCGCAACAACCGAAAGCUUCUCGGCCGCGUGAGAGCAUUUGACCGUCAUUGCAACAUGGUUCUUGAAAAUGUUCGUGAGAUGUGGACAGAGGUACCUAAAACAGGGAAAGGCAAGAAGAAAGCGCUUCCUGUGAACAAGGACAGGUUCAUCAGCAAGAUGUUCCUUCGAGGAGACUCUGUUAUUAUUGUUCUCAGGAAUCCCAAGUGAUGUUGCUGCUUAUAAUUACUAUGCAGGAGAAGUACUUAGCUGUGGAGAGAAAAGAACAACUAUAGGCGUAUAAGAGGCUGUCAAUCACUUGUUUUGUGAACUUAGGAAAUACCGGAUUUUAAGCAUCUGAUUUUGCUUUGUAGUAAUUAGAGGGAAAUAUGUAACUGAAUAUCAUCACCUGUACAACUUCUCUAUAUUUUCCAGAUAAUUGACCAUCCUUCCCCUCUUGCUAGUUAUUUCUCUCUAAAAACUUGCAGUGCUAGUCAUGGUGUAACACUUCACCUGGCUGCUGCAGACUUUAAAGAUGUCUGACUAAUAUUCAGCUGAAUGCUCACCAUCCUAUUCGGGUGCUUAGUAAUGAAACUGUCAGCUACUUCCUGGUCUCUUUAAA